UGAGAAGCCACCUCCCGGCCAAGGGGCAAAGUUAAGUCUGCGCAUGCCUCGCUCGAGGCCACAAUUGCGCACGCUCACGAAGGACAAGAGGGGCGCGCACAGGUCACGUGCUCCGGUGGUCGGCGCGCGCACCGCCUGCCCCGGAAGCGGUCUGCGUGCGGCGCGGCUGGGCGCUAAGAUGGCGGCGGCGUGAGUUGCAUGUUGUGUGAGGAUCCCGGGGCCGCCGUGUCGCUCGGGCCCCACCAUGGCCGUCACCAUCACACUCAAAACGUUGCAGCAGCAGACCUUCAAGAUCCGCAUGGAGCCUGAUGAGACGGUGAAAGUGCUAAAGGAGAAAAUAGAAGCUGAGAAGGGUCGAGAUGCCUUCCCCGUGGCUGGACAGAAACUCAUCUAUGCUGGCAAGAUCCUGAGUGAUGAUGUUCCCAUCAGGGAAUAUCGCAUCGAUGAGAAGAACUUUGUGGUUGUCAUGGUGACCAAGGCCAAAACUAGCCCAGGCACCUCAGUACCCCCAGAGGCCUCACCUACUGCUGCCCCGGAGUCUUCCACAUCCUUCCCAUCAGCCCCUGCCUCAGGCAUGUCUCAUUCCCCACCUACCACCAGAGAGGACAAGAGCCCAUCGGAGGAAUCAGUCCCCACGACGUCCCCAGAGUCUGUGUCAGGCUCUGUUCCCUCUUCAGGUAGCAGCGGGCGAGAGGAAGACGCGGCCUCCACGCUAGUGACUGGCUCUGAGUAUGAGACGAUGCUGACGGAGAUCAUGUCUAUGGGCUAUGAGCGGGAGCGGGUCGUGGCCGCCCUGAGAGCCAGCUACAACAACCCCCACCGAGCCGUGGAGUAUCUGCUCACGGGAAUUCCUGGGAGCCCCGAGCCAGAACACGGUUCUGUCCAGGAAAGCCAAGUGUCUGAGCAGCCGGCCACAGAAGCAGGAGAGAACCCCCUGGAAUUCCUGCGGGAUCAGCCCCAGUUCCAGAACAUGCGGCAGGUGAUUCAGCAGAACCCGGCGCUGCUGCCUGCUCUGCUCCAGCAGCUGGGCCAGGAGAACCCCCAGCUUUUACAGCAAAUCAGCCGGCAUCAGGAGCAGUUCAUCCAGAUGUUGAAUGAGCCCCCUGGGGAGCUGGCAGACAUCUCAGAUGUGGAGGGUGAGGUGGGUGCAAUAGGCGAAGAGGCUCCGCAGAUGAACUACAUCCAGGUGACACCGCAGGAAAAAGAAGCUAUAGAGAGGUUGAAGGCCCUGGGCUUCCCAGAGAGCCUGGUGAUCCAGGCCUACUUCGCUUGUGAAAAAAAUGAGAACUUGGCUGCCAACUUCCUCCUGAGUCAGAACUUUGAUGACGAGUGAUGCCAGGAGGCCAGGCCGCCCAUCGACCCCUCCUUCUACAAAAGUUUUAUAAAAGAAAAAGUAUAUAUAUAUAUUCACGUUUAUUUAAGAAGUGGAAAAAAAAAUCAAAAACCUAAAAAAAAAAACCCACCCCAAUUUCCCCCUCCUAAAGUGGCCCCUAUUCCUGUCUUGGCCUGAGAAGACCUGGGCCAGACAGCUGUCCCCCCUUUCCCCCGCCCCAGCCCAGCCUGCUCCAAGGAGCUGGCAGGACUGGAGGUGACAGAUGGGCCCCUCUUGGCCUCUGUCCCAGCUCCCUGCAGCCAGAUGGAGAGGCGGCUGCUUGCUUCCCCAUCCCCCAAAGAGCCCCUGAGACCUCCCCCCACCCUCUUCCAGGGCGAGGGGAAGCUGGAGCUGUAAACUUUGAUCCUCCAUUGGAGUGGCCCAAAUCUUUCCAUCUGGGGUGAGCACUCAGAGGCCCAAGAUUCCCCUCCCUGGUCUGGCUUUGGCCUCCAUCCUGCAUCCCUUUGCUGGGGAGGAGGAAGCCUGGUUUGUCCCGCCUGGGGAGGGGGAAACAUCAGAGUUGCUCUGGAGGUCAAGGCCACCCCCCACCCCAGAACAGAACCGUGUCUCUGAUAAAGGUUUUGAAGUGAAUAAAGUUUCAAAAGCCA